UCCGUAUUGUGGAUGGCAAUCGAUCCGUGUGUGGGUGUGACCGGGAGCUUUUUGCACGGAGGUUGUGAUGAAAUAAUCGUGAGGGGAAAGGGGGAAACCUAAUCGCUCAUAGAACUUCGUUUGUGCCACGUAUAUAUCAUUGUAUUUUAAACCGUUUUAAAAUGGGAAACUGUCACACCGUUGGACCAAACGAGGCCCUUGUGGUUUCAGGUGGCUGCUGUGGCUCAGAUGAGAAAACGUAUGUAGUGGGAGGCUGGGCUUGGGCCUGGUGGCUCAUCUCAGACAUCCAGAGAAUGUCUCUGGAGGUUAUGACCAUCCUCUGUCGCUGUGAGAAUAUCGAAACCUCGGAGGGUGUUCCCCUGGAUGUGACUGGGGUGGCCCAGGUAAAGGUGAUGACAGAAAAUGAACUGCUUGGUUACGCCUGCGAGCAGUUCCUAGGGAAGUCGGUCAUGGAGAUCAAAAGCGUCAUCCUGCAGACCCUUGAAGGUCACCUACGUGCUAUCCUCGGUACUUUAACGGUGGAGCAGAUUUACCAAGACCGGGACAAGUUUGCAUGCCUGGUCCGAGAAGUUGCAGCACCUGACGUCGGGCGUAUGGGCAUCGAAAUCCUCAGUUUCACUAUCAAGGAUGUGUAUGACAAAGUGGAGUACUUGAGCUCACUGGGGAAAACACAAACAGCUGCAGUGCAGAGGGAUGCUGACAUUGGAGUGGCGGAGGCCGAGAGAGACGCUGGCAUCAGGGAAGCUGAGUGUAAGAAAGAAAUGAUGGAUGUUAAGUUCCUGGCAGACACAAAAAUGGCAGAUUCCAAACGAGAGCUGGAAAUGCAGAGAGCUGCCUUCAAUCAAGAAGUCAACACAAAGAAAGCAGAAGCUCAGCUGGCUUACGAGCUGCAAGCGGCCAAAGAACAGCAGAAGAUCCGUCUGGAGGAGAUUGAGAUCGAAGUGGUCCAGAGGAAGAAGCAAAUUACCAUUGAGGAGAAGGAGAUUGACCGCACUGAGAAGGAGCUCAUUGCCACAGUGAAGAGACCUGCUGAGGCCGAAGCGUACAAGAUGCAGCAGCUGGCGGAGGGACAGAAGAUCAAGACGGUGCUGACAGCCCAGGCAGAGGCCGAGAAGAUUCGCUUCCUCGGCGAAGCGGAGGCCGCCUCCAUCGAAGCUGUCGGCAAGGCCGAGGCUGAGAAAAUGAGGCUGAAAGCUGAAGCCUACCAGCAGUACGGCGAGGCCGCUAAGACUGCUUUGGUUCUGGAGGCGCUGCCCGAGAUCGCCAGCAAGGUAGCUGCACCCUUGUCCCGGACCAAUGAGAUUGUGAUCCUGACCGGCGAAGGCAGCCGCGUGACCGGAGAGGUGAACCGUCUAUUAGCCGAACUCCCAGUUUCUAUCAACGCCCUCACUGGGGUGGAUGUGACCAAGAUCCCACUGCUGCAGAAGAUGACCGGCCAGACAGCCAUCUGAUGAAUCUCAACCCCCCUUGGACAUAAACAGUAUCUGCCUCAAGCAUGACAACACUUUCUCUAGCCUCUGACCCACUUAUGCAAACUGCCAGGAACACCAAAUGAGAUUUGAGACCAUUUUUAUGAUUUUACCUUCCGACAGACAAAAAAAAAAAAAAAAGGUAAAAGAGGUAUUGCAAUGUAACCUGUUGUUGUUUUAUACCGGCUUCCUGGUCAGCCAGGAUUUUCUGCUGCAGUCCCAUUCAAUUCAGCAAGCCAAACGAAAGCAAACAUCAAUUUUUUUGAAAGGGGAACUUGUUGAUGGGACUGGAAAGAGCCCAAAAGCCAUUUAAAGUUGAGUCUGAGCUGGUUACAAUUGGCUGCCAUUUAUCUCUUUCUCUACCUCCAAAAGAAUAUGAUAAUCCGUUGUUACACCCACCCAAUCUUCACCCCCCGUCACUGAAAUAUGGCUUGCGUCUACAGCAUAUUACUGUACAAGGAUUGUACUAGUAGAACCACUAUUAGCUCGUCAUAUCACCUCACCCGUCCUCUCGUGGUUCCCGGUGAGCUCGUGCCUGUCCGAUCACCACUCAAGUGCCCUAAAACUUUUUCGGACAGCGCUUCGGGCUCACCGUGUCAUCCGGAUCCCCCGCUGUCUGUCGCGUCUGCCUUUUUACUAACACACAAAAAAUGUUGUUAAAUAACACCAAGCCAUGUUCAGGAAGGGUAGCCUUAAGUGAGGCCUGGACACACGGCCGGGCUCACAACAACGCUCGUGUAGUUGGUCACAUAGCAGCUGGUAGAUGCUCAGGGCCAUUUCCACUACUCAAAAUGUUGUCUCCACCCGCACCCCAAAAUUCUCCUGUGCAAAAUUAAUACACGAGUAAACACAUUUUUUACUUUAUCGCAGGAAUGUUCACACAGUACUGCUGUGUGUGUGUGUUUUUUUUUUUUUUAACUGAUGAAAAUGGAAAUUUUGGUUAGUUUGUUGCCAUUAAAAAAAAAAAAAAAAAACUUUUACUAACAGUAACUAACAAGUGCUGCAUGCGUAACCUCACGUUGACAAACUUCUGACGCUAUGUUACUGUAAAGGGAAGUCAAAAUGGCUCCAUCAGUCCCGUCGGCACCGUGUUGUUUUUCUGAACUUUUAAAUCCAAUGUAAAUGUUCACUUGUUGCCGAAAUGGUGAUGUUAUGUGUUCAAAUCAAAAAUACAGUGAACCCCAUCAAUUCACGGAGGAUUAUGAGAAGAAUUGCUUAUAGAUGUCAACAAAAGAAUUUUUUUUUUUGUCGAAAUAAAGCUCCUCAAUACACUUCCAAUUGUUUCCUUGGCGCUAAGAUGCCACCAGAUGGGGUGUUAACACAGCAACUAGGUGAAUUUUUUAGUGAAUAAUUGUUGGGUUCAAAAAAUAAAAGAAAACUCCCUAAAGUUUGUGAAUACCAAACUGCGAAUAUGCAAGGGGUUCACUGUGUAUGAUGAAAUUAGGUGCUGGAAAUAAACGGUUCUUAUGUUUUCCAUUUUGAGGAUGAGCUGUCAUUCAUGUAACCCGAUUUUAAUCUCACAUCAUUUAUCAAGCUGGCUGCUGGCUUUGAAGUGGCGUGUAUUGUUUGUACCAUGUUUUUGUACACAGUGCCUUUGUCAAAGAAGAGGUCAUGACUGUGCUGUGACGAUUUCAAUCCUACGUAUGCGUGUAGAGCUAGUGACGAGCUGCUGUUCGUUUCCGCAUUCUCCGCUGCGCGUUGUCCGUUGUAACCUGUCGAUGUGAACGUUCUACAUACGUAACCGUCAAUUUACUUUUGUAGUUGUUCAGCUUCUUGUACUUUAUAACAUUGGGCGGUAACAUGAAUGGGAACACAAGACAUAUGUAGGUGUAGGAUUUUGACUAAAAUGUUGCUUUUUCUUUUGUAGUUGUUCAUAUCACCUGUUUGUAUUUCAUGUAUUUUAUUAUUUUUGGCAUGUGUAUUUGGUGCCAAAAAAAAAAAUGCAGCUGUGUUCCUCUUAAUUAUCAUU